AUGGUAGAGCAUGCUCGGCGUGGGGCUGGGUUAGAGUCCCUCUAUCCCAAAAAGGUUAGAAAACCUGAGUAUGCGGAUGUAGAUAUUAACCCCGAGGAGUAUACGGUAGAAAAUUUCUUCGCUCACUAUAAUAUUGUUAUUAUGAAGAAUGAGUCAUCUCGUUGGGGUGAAGAUCGCUGGAAUGUUUUCCUCAUCAUCCUGAGAGGUCCUUACAUUGCUGGUCUUCAUGUUGAUGGAUCAAUUAAUUCUCUCCCUGAGUGUUUUCCCGCUUACAAUCCUUGGGAAUUCAAAUGGACUGAGACAGAAGUUGUGAUUUCCAAGUUGAAGAAGGAUCUAAGGACUCAUGGGAGACAUAUUACGUUGGAAGCGCUACGUUCGAUCACUGAUGAAGUUGAAGCUGAAGAAGUCAGUGGUUCUGGCAAAGCUGUAGGUGCUAAAGGCAACGGUAUGAUUCGCAACAAGAAGACGGCUUCUAAAUCCUCUUCCAAGAAUCCUUCAAAGAAGCGGAAAGCGCCUUAUCUCUCUCCUUAA